AUGGAGUUUGUGGCCACCGAGGCAGCCUUCCCGGCCUUGCCCUCUCACCUCGUCGCCGGCUCUGCCUAUGCCGACCUUCCCGCCCAUCCGCUCGGUGUUCGCCCGCUGCCCUCCGGCGCCCGCCGUCUCGGCCACCUCCACUCCCAUCACGGCCACGGCCACGGCCACGGCUCGUCCGACGCUCACGCAGAUGAUGGAGAUGAAGAAUCGCCCGAAGAUGAGGAAUCGCCGGAGCAAGAUGAUGAAGAUGAAGAUGAAGAUGAGGGCGCUGAUGAGGAGGAGGACGAUGAAGAGGAGGAAGAAGUUGAAGUGGACGACGAGUGCCGGAAGUCGGGGCUGGGCGCGUUCGCCGAGCUGGACGACGGCACCCUGUUCCUGAUCCUGCAGCAGCUGCCGCAGGAGGACCUCCUCACGCUGUCCCUCGUCAGCCGCGCCUUCUACGCCUUUGCCGAGGACGACCAGCUGUGGAAGAACUUCGUCCUCCACCGCGGCGUCGGCAACUGCAGCGACAGAGACAUAGAGGACUUCUGCUACAAAGGAACGUGGAAGCGCACGGUGUUGAUGAAGAAGGACCGACCUGUCGAUAGGCCCUACCAACCCGUUUCUGUCAAGGUCACGUGGCUCCUCGGGCGUGAGGACGAAGUAGCGGGUGAUCAGCACCUUGCACAGGUUGAGGAGCACGUCGGGGGUGAAGAGCGAUGCGAGCAGUUUGUUGGCCUCGAUCACAUUCUCGUUGGCCACCUGCUUCUUGGCUUCUACUCGGACCUGCUCUACGGGUGGUGGUACUACGCCAACGUGGACCCCAUGCAGUGGUGCCAAGUGCACGACGAGAAGGAGAUCGACCGACGGAGCGGGCUGUCCGUGCAGCAGUUCAUCGACGAGUACGAGUCGAAGAACAAGCCCGUCAUGCUCACCGACGUCGUCUCCAGCUGGCCAGCUGCCAAGGCGUGGACCAAGGAGAACCUGUUGAAGCGUUUCGGAUCGGCCAUGUUCAAGACGGACUCCUACAACGAUGACGGCGAAAAGAUAACUAUGAGCCUGGCCAACUACUUCACCUACUCCGAGCUGAUCAAGGACGAGUCUCCGCUCUACCUGUUCGACAGCCAGUUUGGCGAGAAGGUCCCCGCGCUGCUGGAGGAAUAUCAGGUGCCGGAGUACUUCAGGGAAGAUCUGUUCGCCGCGAUGGGCAGCACGCGCCCGGACUACCGCUGGGUCAUCGUGGGGCCGCCGCGUUCCGGCUCCGCUUUCCAUCAGGAUCCGAACCGCACUGCUGCGUGGAAUGCGUUGAUUUCGGGCCGCAAGCGGUGGAUCAUGUUCCCGCCCCACGUCCUGCCGCCGGGCGUGGAGAAGGACGAGCACGGCAACACGCUUCCCAUUGCGGACUCUGUGAUCGGGUGGUACAUCAACUACUACGAGGAGCUCCAGGAGGAGCGUGCGCUGGGCAAGGUCGACUUUGUCGAGUGCAUCCAGUACCCGGGCGAGCUCAUCUUCGGCUGGUGGCACAUGGUGCUCAACCUGGACGAGACGAUCGCGGUGACGCAGAACUUCGUGUCGUCGCAGAACCUGUUCGACGUCUACGCCUUCCUGCACGACAGCGCCGAGAUGCGCUACCUGUUCGACCCGUUCGUCGCCAGCAUGCCCGGACCCAAGGAGUUCGUCAAGGGCACACCGCACUUCUGCCUCACGUGCGAUCCCGAGCGCGAGCGCGUGUGCUGUCGCGCGUGUGCGGUCAAGUGCCACGAGGGACACGACGUGCAGCGGUGUCCCCAGGAGGCCCGCUUCUACUGCGACUGCGGCAGCGGCGAGCUUCUGGCGAGCGGCUGUCUCGCCCUAUGA